CAAUACUCUGUACCAGUGUCAAGUGAAACACUCCCAUUUAGCGAGGCUUUUAUAAGUGGUAGUUCAUAUCCCUGGUGCAUUGGAGAGAUGCGUAAUGCAUAUUUAAUGACACAUAAUAAAUAUUUUGUUAAAUUAGCAAGGCCUGGAUUACUCCCAUGUUACAGAACUAGAUUAAUUUUUCAUGCCAGUAUCCCAUUGAGGGCAAAAUGUGUCUUGGUUUAUUGAUGAACAUGCAUAUACAUAUCAAUAAAUUUCAAUCAAUCAAAUAUAUUUAUAAAGACAUUUUUACAUCAGCUGAUGUCAAAAAGUGCUAUACAGAUGUAGAAACAUGGUGGCUCGGAAAAAAACUCCCUCGAAAGGCAGGAACCUAGGAAGAAACCUAGAGAAGAACCAGGCUCUGAGGGGUGGCCAGUCUCUUCUGACUGUGCCGGGUGGAGACUAUAACAGUACAUGAACAAGAUGUUCAAACGUUCAUAGAUGACUAGCAGGGUCAAAUAAUAAUAAUCACAGUAGUUGUAGAGGGUGCAACAGGUCAGCACCUCAGGAGUAAAUGUCAGUUAGCUUUCAUAGUUGGCUUUUCGAGACAGCAGGUGCGAUAAAGAGAGAGUCAAAAACAGCAGGUCCGGGAUAAGGUAGCACAUCCGUUGAACAGGUCAGGGUUCCGUAGCCACAGGCUGAACAGUUUAAACUGGAGCAGCAAUACGACCAGGUGGACUGGGGACAGCAAGGACAGUUGAUUCCUUUAGCGCAUAUCAUUGAAAGCUAGCGCACCCAUACUGUAGUUCGGUUUAAUGAGGUAGUAGCUAGGUUUACCAUCUGGAGUAGGCCUAGUGCAGUCGUUAUACUAACCCUAGAGAGCUACAGAGUGUGCAGUGGCUUCUGGUGUUUCUGUGGUGGGCUGAAGCAAGAUAGCACACUUGUCUCUAGUCUACGAGACCAGGGUUGGUCUACAGAUGCCUUUAAUGCAACAGUGAGAAUUUUAUUUAUUUAUUUGGUGUUAUGGACAAUCUUAUUGGGUCCAUAUUACUCAUAUAGGCCUAUAUCUACCCAAAUGCACACAGGCGAGCGAGAGAGAAAGAGAGAAAACAGGGCUGUGCAUUCUGUUGCAUUCUCCAUCAUCUUUUUGCAUGAUAGGGGAGUUUACUCAUAUCACAAGUGCAUGCCACAGUUAAUAUCUCUGUGUGCAGGACAGGUCCACUCCCUUGCACUGUGCUCUCACUGCCAGCUGCCAGUACUAGACACUACUCAUUAUGAAAAAAACGCUCAAAGUCACAACUGACCAAUCCAACCACGAAGCUCCCAGUCCCUAGGAACUUCUCCUGUCUCGGACCUCUCCCCUGCGGAUAUAGGACCACGGUCCUGCCAACAGACAGUCGCAACAGAACGGAGGAUAUGAACUAGCUAGCCUACUCUUAAUAAACAAUGAGCUGAAGCUGGACAGUCAACACGGAAGAGACCUCGUUCACUCACUCAUCUGCGACCGACGCUGGAAUGACGGAACGUUGUCUAUAUUUUUCACCGCUGUAGGCUAAUGCCUUGCGCUUUGAGAUCGGCAACCUGGACUUGAUAAAACAGCGUCUCCCAACGCCGUCCACUGAGGAGCAUUUUGGUGAAUCAUACUCUUCAAUUAUUUGGUUUAUUUUUUUACUCUUACUGUGUCUGACUUCGAGGAGGGAAUCAAUCGUUGGUCUGUUUUUGCAACCCGCCUUUUGAAUGACGCAAAUCGACAGCAAAUCUCGCGCUGGCUUUCCGCACGUUCGGGGGACAAGUCGUUAAAUAGCUAUUACUUUUAUUGACAGGUGAAUUGCAUUGGAGAUGCCACAUGUGCAUGGUAUGAAUUUUAUAUGAAACACAUUCCCAUAGAUCGCAUAAGUGCACCAAUAUUGACGAUUGCAUGUGUUUUUAUUAGCUUGGAGAGAUAGUUGAAUAUGUAAGCUAUUGUGAGGUGUAGUAAUUUACCUGCCUUCUGAUUUCAAUUUCACUCAGCAUUCUUUAUAGCCAUUAAGCGAGACUGUGAGCAGAAUGGAACUCAAAGUAGAAUCCGAAGAAAUGGACUGCAACCAGCCACCCCCAGUUGAGGCUUUUGCGCAAAACUCAACGCUGCACGGAAUUUCGCACAUUUUCACCUAUGAGAGGGUCUGCAUCAAGCGCUGUCUAUGGGUCGUGUUCUUCCUGGGCUCAUUGACUUUCUUACUGUUUGUGUGCGUGGACCGAAUACACUUCUACCUGGAGUAUCCACACGUCACCAAACUGGACGAGAUCUCGACCCCGGUGAUGGUGUUCCCCGCUGUCACGUUCUGCAACCUCAACUCGUUCCGCUUCAGUCGCGUGACGCGCAAUGACCUGUACCACGCAGGGGAGCUGCUAGCGCUGCUCAACCAGAGGUAUGAGAUCAGGGACACCCAUUUGGUGGAGGAAAGUGUUCUGGAGACCCUGAAGGUCAAAGCUGACUUCCACAACUUCAAGCCCCGUCCCUUCAACAUGCGUGAGUUCUACGACCGCACAGGACAUGACAUCAAGGAAAUACUGCUGGCGUGUCACUUCCGGGGGGCCGAGUGCAGAGCCGAGGACUUCCAAGUGGUGUUCACUCGCUAUGGGAAGUGUUACACGUUCAACGCAGGAGGCGAGGGCCGCACCCCUCUCAUAACUACCAAGGGAGGGAUGGGGAAUGGUCUGGAGCUCAUGCUGGACAUUCAGCAAGAUGAGUACCUCCCUGUGUGGGGAGAGACAGAUGAGACCUCAUUUGAAGCCGGGAUCAAAGUUCAGAUCCACAAUCAGGAGGAGCCACCCUUCAUCGACCAGCUGGGCUUCGGAGUGGCACCUGGGUUCCAGACCUUUGUCUCCUGCCAGGAACAACGGCUGAUAUAUUUGCCCCCACCCUGGGGGGACUGUAAGGUGACAUGGAUGGACUCAGAAUUCUUUGAAACGUACAGCAUCACGGCCUGCCGUAUCGACUGUGAGACGCGCUACCUGGUGGAGAACUGUAACUGCCGCAUGGUGCACAUGCCUGGAGAUGCCCCAUACUGCACCCCUGAGCUGUACAAAGAGUGUGCUGAUCCAGCUCUUGACUUCCUGGUGGAGAAAGACAAUGAUUUUUGUGUGUGUGAGACGCCGUGCAACAUGACCAGAUACAGCAAGGAGCUGUCCUUCGUCAAGAUCCCCAGCAAGGCCUCUGCCAAGUAUCUGGCCAAGAAAUACAACAAGUCAGAGCAGUACAUAACUGAUAAUAUCCUGGUUCUGGACAUCUUCUUUGAGGCUCUAAACUAUGAGACGAUCGAACAGAAGAAAGCCUAUGAAGUAGCAGGUCUUUUAGGUGAUAUUGGUGGUCAGAUGGGUCUUUUCAUUGGAGCCAGUCUCCUUACUAUUCUGGAGCUGUUUGACUACAUCUAUGAGGUGAUAAAGUACAAGCUCUGUCGAUGCUCAGAGAAGAAACACAAGCACAGCAACAACAACGACCAUGGAGCUGUUCUGAGCCUGGAAGAUGUGAAAUGUCACUCUCUCCAUGACAAUACUCAUGCACCACCUCCAUACUCUGCCAAUAUUCUACCUCAUCACGCAGGGAGGAGCAACCCAGAGGACGUCACCUGCUGAGCCAAUCAGAACACAAGGAAGUAAGAAAAUGGAGCAUUUCAAUUUGAUUCAAAAGUGGACAGAUGUCAGAGUAUAAAGCUUGAUAAUGGGCAAUAUGUAACAAUUCAAUAGCACUGAAGUCACACGGGUGCAAGAGUAGUGCAAGCCACGUAUAGCCUGCUGGAUCAUAAUGACUGCAAUGUCAUGAAAGUGGCAAUGUUAAUCCACGUACAAAUUAAAAUAGUUAUUCUAUUGUCUUCUAAGAAUGUAAUUUUACUUGGGCUACAUUUAGAUAUAGCAAGCAGGACUAAGAGAUUUUGGCUUUGGGUGUGGGAUGGUGGGAAAUGUCCUCGCAGUAUAUUGGCAUGUUUGUCUGUGCUACAAUUUUGGUCUGUUUGUUUGUAUGGUUGUGUUUAUGUGCAUGCCCUUUUUUAGUGUGUGUGUGUGUUUUGAGUGUAUGUGUGUGUGUGUAAUACUUCAAGAGUACACUUUCUCAAGUUAAUGAAUUGCAGUCCCGAAAUUGGCCCCUUUUGUAAUUUACUGCUUCUGUCCAAUUGGCCAAUUUGACAUAAUUCAAUGAAGUUGAUUUUUCAUCUUGUAUUAUAGAGUGAAAAAAAAGUAAUUAUUCAAUUGAAAAGAUUGUUCACCAUUUUCUAAGUAAUAAAACAGAGACGUCAACAUUUGUAUUUUCUUACGUAAGAAGUGUGAAAGUUUUACAGCCAAAUGAGUAGAUGAGAUAGAACUAGAUGACGAGAGAUGUCGAUCCACUUUUUUGACAAUGGAAAUAUGGCCUGACUCUCAAAAGUUAAACAAUUGGACCACUGUUACUACAAUAUAUUUGGGUAGGAACCAUUGGAGGUAGUUAGGAGCACUUACUGAAACGAUCUCUUAUCACUCAUGCCUCAUUUAGCCAUGCUAGAUGUAUUUAUCAUAGGAAAGGGGGAGUUGUGUGACAGUGUGUAACUGUGUAGUGUUAUUCUCAAGCACAACAGUACCAUGAACAUGUAAAUAAGAUACUGCAAGGAAGGACUAUGGAUAAUGUUCUGAUGGUGGUUGCAUAGUCUUGCCUAAUGUUCUUGAUGUAAUUAAUGUAGCCAUGUGUAUGUGAUUUUACUUUUGUUUUUCUAUAAAUACUAUGCCUACCAGUUUACAUGUUUUCAGAUGUUUUAUUUAUCUAAAAAGCAACAAUAAAGUAAAUGAAA